AUGGCUGCAAACACGCAACAAUUCAACACAAGAGGUGUGUCAAUGAGUCGAAGGGUUAAUGAGGUUACUUCUUCACCGCACUUAGAAAAUAGGAUUGGUAACAUAGAGAAGAUGAUGCAACAAAUGGCCUCAGUAAUCAUUCCCUCUUAUGAAGAAGAAGCUGAACAAGCGAAUGCAGUAUUCCCAAAUCAGCAGAGGCAACAAUACAAUCCUUAUUCGAACACUUAUAAUCCAUGGUGGAGAGAUCAUCCCCAUUUCAUCUACGCAAACAAGCAAGCAACAACUCCAGGUCCGAUUUUUAAUCGUCCUAGUGGUUUCCAACAAAAACAACAACAAGCUCAGAAUUCAGAAUCAUCGGAGAUGCUUUCCAUGAUGAAGAAUCUAACCACAAUGGUGCAGAAAAAUCAGCAAAUGACUGAUGGUGCAAUCAAGGAGUUUCAGACACAAAUGAGCACCAUGGCAGGAAGAUUGAACCAUUUGGAGAAGCAGAAUAGUGGGAAACUCCCUUCUCAACCUCUUAACCCAAGAGAUUCUGUCAACGCUGUGACAUUGAGAAGUGGUACACGAACUGUGCAACCAGAAGAUGCUGAGAAAAGUAAAGAACCUAAGGGGCCGAUUUUGGAGACAGAGGUUACUGACCCUUCCCAAACCAAAGAGGUACGUAAAACAAACUCUAAACCCCCUGUUUCCACUUACGUUCCUCCUUUGCCUUUUCCUCGCAGGUUUGCUAACUCUAAAAAAACGGAACAAGAUAAGGAAAUUUUAGAUAUUUUCAGGAAGAUUCAUGUGAACAUUCCACUGAUAGAUGCGAUUAAACAAGUCCCUAAGUAUGCGAGAAUUCUUAAGGACCUGUGCACAAAUAAGCAAUGGUUGACCGGUCCUUUAAAAGAAACCGGAAUUACUUUACAAUUGGCUGACCAUUCUAACGUGUACCCUAGAGGUAUUAUUAAGGAUGUGCUUGUGCAGGUAAACCAACUAAUUUUUCCAGCGGAUUUCUGUGUGUUGGAGAUGACAGAUGGAUCAACUGACACAUCUCUACUUUUACUUCUUGGACGACCAUUUAUGAGCACGGCUAGAACUAAAAUUGAUGUGCAUGAUGGUUCGUUGACUAUGAAACUUGAUGGAGAACAAAUGUUCAAUAUGGAUGGGGAGGAUGCGCUUAAAACCGUGUUGACUACACCCAUUGAUGAUGGUUUGGAGUGUGGUGACGUAAUCAAGGAUACUAUUGGCUCACUUAACUCUUUGCAAGAAAAAUCAGCACACGAGAGCGUUUCCUUUAUAUCUUUACCAGUAUCUAAUGAAAAACUUGUGCCAUCUAUCUUGCAGGAUCCAAAGAUAGAACUGAAACCUCUUCCAAAUCACCUAAAAUACUUGUAUUUAGGUGAUAAAGAGGAGUUACCAGUAAUAGUUUCUAAGGAACUAACUGAAUUGCAGGAACAAAGACUUCUUCGAGUGUUGAGGGAGUACAAAACAACCAUAGGAUGGACAAUUGCUGAUAUCAAGGGAAUAAGCCCAUCGACAUGCAUGCACAAAAUACGACUUGAGGAUGAGGUAAAACCUACAAGGGAAGCUCAACGCCGAUUGAAUCCUCCAAUGAUGGAAGUCGUAAAAAAAGAAUUCUGA